AUGUCCGGAACAUACUCCUCAGACCCCGAGUGGGCUUCAAUCGAGCCCAUCCCCCUCAAUGAUGGCUCGGAUUCCGGUGCUAUGCCCUUGGCGACCAUCGCCUAUGCCCCGGACUAUCUCGAGGCCACAUCCUAUCUUCGCGCCGUGAUGGCCGCCAAUGAGAUGUCCGAACGGGCGUUAAAACUGACCGAGGAUGUAAUUGCUAUGAACCCUGCUCACUAUACCGUCUGGAUAUACCGGGCAAAAAUCCUCUUCGCCCUCGAAAAAGACCUCAACGAAGAACUCGAAUGGUUAAACAACGUUUCCCUAAAGUAUUUGAAGAACUAUCAAAUAUGGCAACACCGCCAGGUCCUCAUGUCUUCGCGGGAACAUUUCCCAACCUUGCCUGCGAAGGAGCAAGACUUCCUCAUGGAGAUGUUUGCCCAGGACUCCAAGAACUAUCACGUCUGGACGUACCGCCAUUGGUUGGUCCGGCACUUCAAGCUCUGGGACGCUCCUCGGGAAACCCAAGACGUCGAGACACUCCUGACGUCCGACGUCCGGAAUAACUCUGCCUGGAACCACCGCUUCAUGCUUCGCUUCGGACCACGCGGCGAGAACGAGCCAGACGCGGGCAUGCCGAACAGCAACACCGACGACCCCUCGACCAAGGGGCAGCUGGCCGUCGUCGACGAGGACCUUGUUGAUGCCGAACUGGAGUACGCCAAGUCCAAGAUCGUCUGCGCGCCGGAAAACCGCAGCCCCUGGUCGUAUGCGCGGGGCGUCUUCCGGGCGGCUGGCCGGUCGCUCCAGGAGUGGAAGGACUUCGCCAAGGAGUUCGUGACGGAAAAGCGGGAGGAUGGGCAGUUGGUGGGUGUGGAGGUGAAGAGUAGCCAUGCGGUUGAGUGGCUCGCCGAUGUGUAUGCGCUGGAGGAGACGUCGGCGGAGGCCGUCCGCAUGCUCACCCUGCUGAAGGAGAAGUAUGAUCCCAUCCGGAAGAACUACUGGGAUUAUCGCAUCCGCAUGAUCGAAGGCCAUUCGGCGCAGGGAGCUGAGGUGGCUGCUUCGGCAUGA